UUCCGCGGAAGGGAAGAGUCCCGCAGUCAGAGGCGGCCGGCUGGGCGUGCGCUCGCUACCCGCAGCCGGGAGGGCCGGAGCCGGGCGACGGCGGGGACCCGGGCCGGGCCGGGGACAGCGGGCGAGGGGCAGCGGCCGCAGCCGGCAGUCAGGCCGCACAGGGCAGGGGGCGGCGGGCGCAGGGUCUGCGGGCUCCCGAGCCCCGAUGUGAGGCGGCGGCGCCCCCGGCCCGAGCGCGCACCAUGGGGGCCCCGCUCGCGGUGGCGCUGGGCGCCCUCCACUACCUGGCACUUUUCCUGCAACUCGGCGGCGCCACGCGGGCCGCCGGCCACGCGCCCUGGGACAACCAUGUCUCCGGCCACGCCUUGUUCACGGAGACCCCCCACGACAUGACGGCGCGGACGGGCGAGGACGUGGAGAUGGCCUGCUCCUUCCGCGGCAGCGGCUCCCCCUCCUACUCGCUGGAGAUCCAGUGGUGGUACGUGCGCAGCCACCGGGACUGGACUGACAAGCAGGCCUGGGCCUCCGGCCAGCUAAAAGCAUCUCAGCAGGAAGACACAGGGAAGGACGCGACCAAAAUAAGUGUGGUCAAGGUGGUGGGCAGCAACAUCUCCCACAAGCUGCGCUUGUCCCGGGUGAAGCCCACGGACGAAGGUACCUACGAGUGCAGGGUCAUCGACUUCAGCGACGGCAAGGCCCGGCACCACAAGGUCAAGGCCUACCUGCGGGUGCAGCCAGGAGAGAACUCCGUCCUGCACCUGCCCGAAGCCCCUCCCGCCGCCCCCGCCCCGCCCCCGCCCAAGCCGGGCAAGGAGCUGAGGAAGCGCUCGCUGGAGCAGGAGGCCUGCAGCCCCUAGACUGGCGCCCGCGCUGCUGUACAGAGUGCAUGAGGAGCCGCUGGCCCGCGGGGACCGGACUGCCUGCGUCCAGCCGCCCUCCCACCCCGGGCCGCCGGGGCCACCACGCCGGCCUCUGCCCGCCACCCCUUGCUCAGCAUGUAAGCCCCCGCCCCUCCCCUCUCAGACCCCUGUGGUUACCUGGCUCGGAGAAGGUGGCCCUGGGCACCAAGGGGACAACCGCCCUGAAGGCUGGGGCGAGGACCGUGUGGGGCCCGGGCCGCCCCCCUUUCUGUCACCAGCUUCCGUGGAGUCCAGUGUUUUGCUUUGCUUGCUUGUCCCCACCCUGUCCUGAGCCGGGGCCUCCCAGCCUUACCUCCCUCCUUCCCACCAGCCCCCGCUUGGACCUGCGGGUGCGGACAGUGGCCCCUCCCAGGACGUGGACUUGAGUCUUCUGAGCGGAGCUAGGGCCGUUCCGUUGGCGACCGACUGGGGUGCGCAGCUCCCGGGGGCCUUUCUGGGGCGUAGCCGGCGGCAGGUCGUGCACAGGCGUGGGAGGAGAGGAUGCGCCGUGCCUCCCGUGGGUCCCUCCUGCUCAGCCUUCGUACACCUGGGAGCAGCUCCCAUCUGGCCAGCGGGGGCGCGGAGGACGGGACUCUCCGCCUGGCACACCGCCCGUCAGAGGGACGGCCCUGCCCCCCUGCCCCCCUGCCCCUCUGCCCCACGCCCCGUGCAGAGUUUCGCACCAGCAGGACCCCCUCAGGGGUCUUCAAGGCUCUCCCAGGAGCCCCCCUCUGCCAGCCCCCAGUGUCUCAGCCCCCUCUUGGGGCCCCUGCCAAGUCCACCCAAGGGCCUGGGGCUGUUGGGAGCCGCGGCCCCCUGUACCAACCCCCUCACAAUUCCUGAUCAGGGGUCUGCUCACCCCCUGGUGAUUUGUAAAUAUUUCUAUUGCACCCAACACCCCCUCAAACUGGCUCCAACCUCUGGCCACCCCUCAGCGAUGGAGUGGGGGAGGUGGGCGGGCCGAGGGUUUUGCCUCGGGGUGCGUGGGUUUGCCCUGUAUACAUGAUCGAAUCCGUGACUACCAGCCAACCUGAAUAAAGCGGUUUAAAAAAC